GGAGUACUAAGGUGACUGUGUUAUCGUGAAGGGUAGUUGGGCUUCCGCCUAUAUUAGAAAUGAACCCCCUCGUGGGUGGGAUUUCAGUCCGAAACUAAGCAGAAGUAUUCAUUUGAUUCUUUUGUUACAUCCAUUAUCUUUGAGAGCAAGCUCUCCCGUUAUAUUUACUCCUGUGGUCCUUUUUCUUAAUCUGCAAGGAUGACGAACCUGAUCUUCGUGGUACUCUUUAUGAGCGUCCUGCUCCCAAAUACCAAUGCCGCAACCUUGAGAUUACCAUCCAGCAGGCAUUCACACGACACACGUCACAUGGCACCUCUGGCCUCACCCACCCCCACCAAGCCAAGUCAAGACCUUCCUGAAAGUCACGGAUCAUCUGCUACCAACAACGAGCGAACCGCCCCCGAUUCCGGCGACAAAAUCCUUUCACCAAAAGGGAUUAGCUUUGAGAAAGCUAAAAUGGAAUCGAGAGGGGAUGGAUGUGAGGCCGGCAUGCAUUUUGGACCGCCGGCAGAUACUGGAGUGAUCGAAGAUUGCAUCACGAACCUCUAUGCCAAAGGACCAGAAGCCAUGUGCGAAGCUUCAGCUAUACACUGUUCCAGAAAAACACCCACCACAGACAGCACCAACACUGCGGUUCAGGUCGUCGACGAUCCUACUUCGGACGGAAUCCCUUGUUCUCUGAUCAUUGAGUCACUGGAAAGGUUUCUCAUCUAUUGCUGCACUGGCAACCAAUCUGGAUGCGGAGGGAAUAUUCCACUGGGACCAUCAUCACAGGAGGGUGGUUUUAAUAUUGCAAGUAGUGGAGGAUCUGCUAUGAUAAUGAUCGAAGUGUCAGAGUGACAGUGACGACCAGUGGGCACGCGUGUCUGAAGACGAUAUUUAUUUCCUUCGAAGAAAUCCGUUUUUAAUCACGGUAUACUUAUCUAGCGCAAUAGGAGUUUUUGAAAUAUAAUAUAUGGUGUGUC